AUGAACAACAUGAUGAUGAAGAAGAAGACGACCCAAGGUCGAAAAAAAAUCGAGAUCAAGAAGAUAGAAAACUUGAGCAACAGGCAAGUAACCUUCUCCAAGCGAAGAGUCGGUCUCUUCAAGAAAGCAAGUGAACUUUGCGUCUUGACCGGGGCAGAAGUUGCCAUCAUCGUUCAUUCUUUGGGCAAGCGCGUCUUUGCUUUUGGUCACCCCAACAUUGACGCUGUUAUUAACCGCUAUACCACGGGGUCGGCAUCAUCAUCAUCAUCAUCCUCCUCGUCAUCCGUUGCUGAUCCGAAAACCCCAUUGGGUGCUCAUGAGAUUCAACAACACAACCGACACUAUGCUAAAGUGUCCAAAGAAUUAGAGGUCGAGAGAAAAAGAAAGGAAUUGAUUGAAGGUUCGAAGUUAGAGAACGGUGGGAGUUUUUGGUGGGAUGACCCAAUUGAGCAUAUGGGUUUGGAGGAGCUUCAACAGUAUAAAGCUUCAUUGGAAGAGUUGAAGAAAAAGCUGUUGAUGAGAGCCGAUGACUUGAUGCUUUGGUUGUGA